AUGCAUUUACUUCUCACUCUGCUGGGAGCUGUGCUCUCCUCUCUGAUGGUUUCUUCUGAAGUCCAACCUCAGGCAGACUUCAAUGUACAGGCGAUGGCAGGUAAGUGGUACCUGAUUGGAAUUGCCACUGAUGCCCAGUGGUUUGUCAGUCACAGAGCCAGCAUGAAGAUGGGCACGACCAUGAUUACCCCAACUGCUGACGGGGAUCUGGAGAUGUCAUAUUCCAGUCUUAGCCCUAAUGGCUCGUGUUGGAGAAUGAACAAUCUGGCCAAAAAAACUGAGAUACCGGGAAAGUUCACAUACACAAGUCGGCGCUGGGGGUAUCUCAGUGACUUGCGCAUGGUCGACGUGAAGUAUGACGAGUAUGCCCUGAUUCAUUCCAUCAAAACAAAGGGGAAAGAAAGCUAUGUUGUUAACAAACUAUAUGGGCGUGGUGUGGACCUCAGCGCUGAGGUGCAAGAGAAGUUCAUUCAGUUCUCCCUGCAAAGCAGCAUCCAGCCUGAAAAUAUUGUCAUCCUUCCCAAAAACGAGCAGUGCCCAGCUGCCUAA